AUGAGCAAUUCCCCAUUGGCAACGGGCACCAUCACGACUCGUCGGAGACCGAUAGAUUCCGUUGAAUACGUGGAGGAAAAUGGUAACGGGAAAGUUAAUAUAGGACAGCAUCAUCAUCAUCGAAGAAUAACGUCGUCGGUUAAUUCGUUAAUGAGACCAGGAAGAUACCUAAGCCGUUGGAUUUUUGGUGCAUUAAUGUUACUUAUGAUUUCCACCAUGUUUGUGAAGAUUAUUCUCAUACAUUUAUUUCUUAGAGUUAAUGCCACCAUGACUUCCCAUCAUGAUUUCUUACAACUUCCACGUCAUGUAAUGCAUGAACAGAAUAGUGAAAUUUGGGCAAACAUCGGAAGUGAUAAGUAUUAUAAAUGCAUCGAUCGAUCAAGUAUAAAGACAAGAGGCAAAAGUAUGAGCAAUGGUUAUAUUUUAGUUCAUGCAAAUGGAGGACUUAACCAAAUGAGAAGCGGGAUAAGCGAUAUGGUAGCAGUAGCAAAACUUAUGAAUGCAAGCUUGGUUCUUCCUAUGUUAGAUCACAAAUCCUUUUGGACAGAUCCUAGUGAAUUCAAAGAUAUCUUUGACUGGCAACAUUUCAGAAAAUCUUUGGAAGAUGAUAUUGAAGUAUUGGAGUCUCUUCCUCCAAGUGUUGCAAAUAUUAAACCUUUCCUCAAGGCACCUGUUUCUUGGUCAAAGGCCAGUUACUAUAAUAGAGACAUUUUGAAGAUAUUGAAGAGACACAAAGUAAUAGAAUUCACUCACACUGAUUCGCGGCUCGCUAACAAUGGCAUCCCAGAUUCAAUCCAAAAACUCCGAUGCCAUGCCAUGUAUGAAGCCAUUCGUUUUACGGAGAAAAUUGAACAACUUGGAACAAAGUUAGUAAACAGACUCAAGGAAAAUGGUGAACCAUAUAUAGCUCUGCAUUUAAGAUAUGAGAAAGAUAUGCUGGCUUUCACAGGCUGCAAUCACAAUCUUACACAAAAGGAAGCAGAGGAGCUUCGAAAAUUAAGGUACAAAACUAAGCAUUGGAAAGAGAAAAGGAUAAAUGGGACAGAAAAGAGGGUUCUGGGGCUAUGUCCUAUGACACCUCGAGAGGCUGCCAUUUUUCUAGAGGCGAUGGAAUAUCCAUCAAACACUAAAAUCUGCAUAGUCGCAGGAGAUAUUUUUGGACAAAAUGGAUUAAAGGCACUUCAAGAAAGGUAUCCAAAUGUAUAUUACCAUUCCAAUUUGGCAACAGAGCAAGAGUUGAAACCUUUUAUGCAAAGGCAUAAUCAACUUGCUGCAUUAGAUUAUAUUUUAGCUCUUCAUGCUGACGUUUUCUUAUACACCUAUGAUGGGAAUAUGGCCAAGGCAGUUCGUGGUCAUCGCCUAUUCCAAGGCUUCUGGAAGACCAUCAAUCCGGACAAGCAAAAUUUUGUUAGACUUAUGGAUGGAAUGGACAACAAGAAGCUAACUUGGAAAGAAUUUGCAACUCAAGUUAGGGGCUUACAUGUAAACAGAACAGGAGCACCAAAUGCUAGAGUUGUUGGGCAUUCACCUAAACUGGAGGAAAAUUUCUAUGCAAAUCCUUUCCCUGGUUGUAUUUGUCUCAGACCAAAACAUGAGAAGAACAGAUGA